CUUCACCGAGACACACAUAUCGAAGUAAAUAUUGACUUACAAACACUAAUACUUCAAUUAUAAUUCUCUGUAUCUUAUUCUACUACAAGAUAACAAUCUACAUAACAUCAGCCAAGUCACCCUAUCACAAGACCAAUUAUAACGAAACAAGCUCCUCUCUCUUACGAGUCAAUAACCAAAAUGUCCUCAUCAGAAAUCAAAGACAAACAAGGCGAACCCAUCAACGAGGGCGACCACGUAUGGACCAAGGUCCGCGGCGGUCGUCACGAAGGUGACGUCGAGCAGAUCGUCGAGACCGCCGACGAGGCUAAGGAGGCUGGUGUAAAGAACCCGCCUAAGGUGCUUUUCAAGGACCAACAUGGCCACGAUGUCGCGCACAAUCCCGGCACGCUAGAACACAACGAAGGCCCAGUGAGCAAGUAGGAAACCGGGGGUUCGUGGAAAGGGCAGUUCAGUUCAUGAAUGUUGUAUUUGAGCAAUCUUAGUGGUUCACCCACCUUGAUGAGCUUUUCAUGGGGCAAUAAUCGUAUAAUAACAGCGGAAAUGAAGCGUGUACACUGGAGGAAUCGAUAGACGAAGAUACUCUAAUCUCCAAAAUUUAGGAAGUUU